GGGGACGUUAUUUAUCAGGAAGGGCUAGCAAGAGCAGAGGUGGACUGUGUCUCCGCUCAAGCUACCGCAUAUCAACAAAUUCUGAGGAAUUAACCCAAUAUUUCUUACCUUCAAGAUACUGGAUAUUUUUUCUGAGGAAGUUUUGAAAUCAAAUAGCCGACAAGCGAUACUUAAAAUACUGCUAGAGAGGAGCUCCAACUUGGUUGAAGCGUCUAAUGUAACGUUACUAAACGAAACGGAAGUAACUUAACUUGCCAGCUGUCUGGCUAAGCUUGCGAGUGUCUGGAUGCCAACUCUGUGGGUGAUGGAGUUGAGCAGGCAACUCUGUGGGAAGAUGAGGAGGUCCAGUAGGAGGACCCAAAUCUCCUCUUCUCCUACUACCACUUGGGGCCUGGAGAUCCACUUUUACACACCGGAGGUGCAGCAGCUCGAGUACCUCAAAGGCUGCUACACUGUGGAGGAGCUCUGUGUGGAUGCUGCCAAGAAAUGCUUAAUCUCUCCCUUGUGCCAUAACCUAUUUGCCCUCUACAAUGAGGCAACUGGCAUGUGGUACCCCCCCAACUAUGAGUUCAAGAUCACGGAGGAAACCAGUAUCAAGUUGCACUAUCGCAUGAGGUUUUAUUUCAGAAACUGGCAUGGCACCACUGAAGGAGAGUCUCCAGUUUGGAGACACUGCAUCAGUAAACUCAGAGGAGGACUUAGCCCACAGAAAACACCAGAAGGAACACCCCUACUGGACGCUGCCUCUCUCGACUACCUGUUUGCCCAGGGCCAGCAUGACUUUCAGAAAGGCGUGAUUCCACUGAGGAUGUCCCAGUCAGAGGCAGAGCAACAUGAGAUAGAAAAUGAGUGUUUGGGCAUGGCUGUGCUUGCAAUCACUCACUAUGCCACAAACAUGAUGACCCUGCCCACUGUUUCCCAUGAAAUCAGCUACAAACGUUUCAUCCCAGAGUCGCUGAACCGUAACAUUAAGCAGCGCAACUUUCUGACACGCAUCCGCAUCAACAACGUCUUUAAGAAAUUUCUCAGUGAAUUCAACCGCCGCACAAUCAAGGACAGCAACAUCACACUGUACGACCUGAAGAUCAAGUACCUGGCUACGCUGGAGGGCCUGACCAGCGGCAUGGGCAGCGAGCUGUUUGAACCCAUCUCGCUCAGUGUAAUGCAGGAAGGAGAGCUCUGCAAUGGAGGUUACUAUGGGUACUACAACCACAGCCAAGGGCAGAGCCAGAGUCAGAGCAUGGAGACAAGCCAUGACAUGCAGGUCCUGGUUGCUGGUACUACUGGCAUUUCUUGGAGGAAGAAGCCAGCUACAACAGCUGUGAUCUCUAAAGAAAAGGGCAAGUCAAAGAAGAACAAGCUGGAUGGAAAACAGAAAAAUGACAAGAAAGAGGCUAACGAAGGCUGGGUGGUGUUCUGUGACUUCCAUGAGAUCACACACACUGUCAUCAAAGAAGCAAUGGUCACCAUCUAUAGACAGGACAACAAGAGGAUGGAGUUGCAAAUGGCUUCUAGGGCGGAGGCUCUGUCCUUUGCAGCCCUUGUGGAUGGGUACUUCAGGCUGACAGUGGAUGCCCACCACUACCUGUGCAAGGAGGUGGCCCCUGCUUCAGUGGUGCACAACAUCGACAACGGCUGCCACGGACCCAUCUGCACGGAGUAUGCCAUCCACAAGCUGCGUCAGGAGGGCAAUGAAGAGGGCACCUACAUCCUGCGGUGGAGCUGCACUGACUACCAGUACAUCAUCAUCACUGUGGUCUGCAAUGAGAUCGACCUGAAGGAGUCUCGCCCUGUGCGUCAGUAUAAGAACUUCCAGAUUGAGGUGGGCUCCGAUGGGUUCCGCCUGUAUGGCACUGAGACAUUUCGGCUCACUCUCGAGGAGCUGCUGGAGCACCUGGAGGGCCAAAGCCUUCGCACCGACAACCACCAGUUCCAGCUGCUGCGCUGCUGCCCUCCCCAGCCAAGAGAGGUUUCUAACCUGCUGGUGGUCACUAAAGAGAGAGCACCUGUCCCUCAAACACCCAUGCAGGAGAGUCAGCUCAGCUUCCAUCGCAUUCUCAAGGAGGAGAUUGAACAGGAGGAGCACCUUGGCCGGGGCACAAGAACCAACAUCUACUCAGGCACACUGAGGGUGAAGAGUGAGGAGGAGGAGGAUGCAGGUUACUCAUCCUUCCAGGAGGUCAAGGUGGUCCUGAAGGUGCUGGGUUCUGGACACAGGGACAUCUCCUUGGCCUUCUUCGAAACAGCCAGUAUGAUGCGACAAGUGUCCCAUAAACACAUAGUGUUGCUGUAUGGAGUGUGUGUCCGCCACCAGGAGAAUAUCAUGGUUGAGGAGUUUGUCCAGCUAGGACCACUGGACUUAUUUAUGAGAAGACAGCAGAGCCCACUUAGCACACCAUGGAAGUUCCAGGUGGCCAAGCAGCUGGCCUCAGCUCUCAGUUAUUUGGAGGACAAAAAGCUGGUCCAUGGCUUUGUGUGUGCUAAAAACAUCCUGCUGGCCAGGGACGGACUGGGCACCGACGAAGGAGGACCCUUCAUCAAACUCAGCGACCCAGGAAUACCAAUCACUGUACUCACCAGAGAGGAGUGUGUGCAUCGUAUCCCAUGGAUUGCUCCGGAGUGUGUGAAGAGUGUGUCUUCCCUGAGCGUCGCAGCUGACAAGUGGGGCUUUGGUACCACCCUGUGGGAGAUCUGCUAUGAUGGAGAGGUCCCCCUCAAAGACAAGAAACUUACAGAGAAGGAGAGGUUUUAUGAAACAGAGUGCCAACUGGCCACCCCAGACUGCAGAGAGCUGGCUGAACUGAUGACCCACUGCAUGAACUACGACCCUAAGAAGAGACCUUUCUUCAGGGCUAUCGUCAGAGACAUAGACAUGCUAGAGGAAAAGAACCCACUUAUCAAACCCAAGCCUACACCAGAGGUGGAUCCGACUGUGUUUGAAAAGAGAUUCCUGAAGAAGGUCCGAGACCUGGGAGAGGGCCACUUUGGUAAGGUGGAGCUGUGUCGCUAUGAUCCUCGGGGAGAUAGAACAGGUGAGCUGGUGGCAGUGAAGUCCCUAAAGCCUGAGAAUCGGGAGGAGCAGAGCACCAACCUCUCGCGUGAGAUUGACAUCCUGAAGGCACUCUACCAUGAAAACAUUGUCAAAUACAAGGGUAUUUGCCAAGAGGAAGGUGGUCAGGCUAUUAAGCUGAUCAUGGAGUACGUUCCACUGGGCAGUUUGAAGGAGUAUCUACCCAGAAACAAAAGCAAGACUGACCUCAGCACCCUGCUCAGCUACUCUAUCCAGAUAUGCAAGGGAAUGGACUAUCUGGGAUCUCAAAAUUACAUCCACCGGGACCUGGCUGCCCGUAAUGUGCUGGUGGAGAACGAGAGGACUGUGAAGAUCGGAGAUUUUGGCCUCACCAAGAGCAUCAAAAACAAUGAGGGAUAUUACACUGUCAAAGACGAAAACGACAGCCCUGUUUUCUGGUAUGCUCCAGAGUGUCUGACUCACUGUAAGUUCUACCUGGCCUCAGAUGUUUGGUCCUUUGGGGUGACACUGUAUGAACUCAUCACCUACUGUGACUCCUCCAAGAGCCCGAUGACGCUCUUCCUCGGUAUGAUUGGUCGAACUCAAGGUCAGAUGACUAUCAUCCGAUUGGUGAAGGUGUUGACAGAAGGGAGGAGGCUGCCACGUCCUGACGGCUGUCCUGAGCAUUUGUACGAGCUGAUGCGCAGGUGCUGGGAGACCGCGCCCGAGAACAGAAUCACCUUUAAGCACCUGAUCGAGGAGCUGACCAUCCUUCAGCAAAACAACAAACAACCACAAAAUGACCUUUAAACCUCAAACUGUUUGAGGCUCUGGGAGUGAAGCUGACUUUGCGUGUAGACUCUGGACCAGAUGCAAGCAGCAAAACUGUCCCCAGAUCAGCACCUGCUUGUGCAGCUUCACUGUACUGAGAGGCAGUCCUGAAGGAUCAUCACACAAAGCCAUGCUCCUUCAUACUUGCAUAUAAACCUUCCAUAACUUUGGUAUAAAGACUUUUGGUCCUAAUCAACUAUCAUUCUACCAUAUUUUUAACAUUUUUAUUUGACACUCUCAUAUACUCUCAUAUAUGAAACAAGUCAAUUCUGUCAAAUGUUGUAGCCUUAGCGCCUGCUAAAUGUGACCUUACGUCUUACAAAGGAUUUCCAGGUGUAUCUAACAUAUUUAGCUGUCUGCAUUGAGAAAAAUGUCAAACUCACGUGGACUCGUCUGACUUAUAAUUGCGUGGACUCUGAUAUCACUCUCACAGAUGGAAGCUUGAAAGAUGGAGACCGAGCAGAGUGUUUGACACUCACUUUCACAGUUAAACGGUUGCGUGGCAGUCUUCUUUGUGACAGAGACAGAGUGGAUCACAGAUGAAUCAUGUUGAGAUGUGCUUGGAUGGAUGGGAGAUGGGACACGGGCAUUAACACAGAUACUGAAGAAUGUGGUUUUUCAUUUUGUGCCACUGCUGUUUGUUUCAUGGACUCCUGUUUGGGAGAAAAUCACCUGCUUUUUGUUUCUUUUAGUUAGAGAGCCAUGGAAUGAUCUGUGAUAAAUGACUGGAUUUUCUGUUCAUGAUGUGCAGAUGCCAGCAAUCAGUCAGCAUUGUUCCUUUCACUGCUUUGUUGUCGAGCUUUUAGAGUUUGGUAAUGGUUUAAUUGUUUAGGUCAUUUUUUUCCUUGCUAAAAUGCCCAACAUUCAUGGUUCUAGCUUCUCAAUUGUGAGGAUUUUCUGCUUUUCUUUGGUUUAGACUGUUGGACUAAAUGAGCAAUUUGAAGACAUCAUCUUUUAGGUUUUAGGAAACUGACUUUCACUAUUUUCAUACAUUUCAUAGACCAAUUCAUUGAGAAAAUAAUCCAGAUUAAUUGAUAAUGUAAAUAAUCUUUAUUUGCAGCCUGCAAUGUUUAAAUGUACAUUAAUGUUUAAAUACAUGCCUGUCUUACCCAUAGUAACCAGACACCAAUGAGAAUACUUUCUCUGUAAAAGAACUGUUUGAGUUGCAUCUGCACAUGAACAGAAAAUCUUUGAUUUUUUUUUUUUUUUAAAUGGGUUAUGGGUCUCUAAUCAUCUUUCAUGUGGUUUCAUCCUUUUCAAAUCAGGAAUGGGUCUGUCACCCCCCCCCCAUUAUAUCACAUUAAUUGUACUAUGUUAAAUCCACUCUUGAGAUUUGUGAGCUCCUCUGAAUGUUUCAGGUGGUUCUGUUUAUAAUAUCUAAUUGAAUUUGGUUCAUUAACAAUCUUUUAAUUAGCUGUACGUAUCUUAUUAGUCGCUCCUAAAUCCUCAAAGAUUCAGCACUUGUUAGACAUGUUCGUUGAGGAGGGAGAGAUUAAGAUAAAUACCUGUGAGAGACACUUGAGGGCAGUAUCACUUCACUUUUUCUCUACUGUUGUGUAGCUUCACACUUCAGUUCGAAUCUGUAAAAGCCCUACCUAUUUUAUGAAAUGUCUAUUAUACAUGCAUACAUAAUACUGCAAAAAAAGAGCCAAUUGUUGCACAUUGUAUAUGGAAGGACUUUAGAUGGCACACAAGGUUUUAAGUAAGAAAGAAUCACAUGGCAUUUUAUGUUCAUUUGUUGCGAAAAAUAUUACCUUUAGUGGCAUGAAACCUUAAUAAUUGUUUGUGCAUUUUAUUUGUAUCUAACUUUUUAAUUUUCCAAUAUUCCAGAAAUUUAUAAAAGUGUAUUUUAUGUGUGUGUAUGUGAAAUGGUUUGAGCAGAGGGUUUUUUCCUUUUUUAAAUCAGUAGACGUGAGCCGUGUAGCCGUAAAAUCUCACUCAUAUUAUCAUAGUCAUUAUCGUCAGACAUGGUCAGUUCUACUUAAUGCAAUUGUUUAGCUUUUACUGUGAAUGUUGGCAGAAAGGCAAAAAACAAAAGGACCUUUUAAGAAGACAAAGUUGCGCUUCAGUCCACAUUUUAUUUAGGAAUGUAAAAGACAAUUCCUUCUGCUCAAAAUAAGAAAAGAAAUAUAUAUUUUUCAAAAAAUAAGAUGAAAUUAUGACUUAUGGAAGGUAAAAGUAUCCAUAAAUACACAAUGAAAAAAUAAAUAAAAUCAGUGUUCGUUG